AGAUAUUCUUAUCUUUGAUUUAUUUUAUUAUUAUUUUAUUAUUUAUCUCUUCUUUAAGGUGAAUUUUGUUUCGAAAGGAAUUUGUAUAUGCUUUUGUCAAAAGUAAAAUAAGCUGAAAAAAUGCUAUAGAAAUAAAAUAAUGUAGCAUUUUGAUAAAUCUUUAAAUGUUAGGUGGUUUAAUUGCUACAAGAACUUAAAUAAAGUUUAAGGAACUUUGCUGCUCCUGUUGGCUUUUGGUCUGUUUUUUUUUUUUGAAGUAAAGGUUGCAGAUCCCUGCUUUAAAGUUUCAAAAAUACUGCUAUACAUUUAGGAAAGAUUUAUCAUUUAUUGUUUUUAUCAAAUUACAUCAGGCUUAUAAACCAACUUAAGUUUUUUUUCCAAACGUGCUUAUUACGGCAAAUAUAAAAAAAAAGAAUUUUCAAUUUUUUUUUAUUUUCACAUUUCGAAUCAAAACAAAACUGUGACCCAAAAUUCAAAGUUUGAACCAAAUCCUGAUGAAUUGUUGCAUCUCUAGUUUUAAGCCAGUGUCAGCAUUGACAGUGAUGGAGACGCGCUGAAAACAGGGACUGAAAAGUCAGACAGCUUCUUUUUCUGAUCCUUCACCCCAAACCUCUCUAAUGGCACGUGCCCCAAAGGAGGGGGGUAGGGUGGGGGAGGCCCAUUAAGCUAGACUGCCAAUCAGGGGCUGAGCACGUGCCGGCUCUGCGAUAUAAAAGCAGGCAGACCAGAAUCCUCGCUCUGGUCCUCCAGACUCCCAGAUCAGGAAUCCCAAACAUGCAGUUCCCCGGAAGAGCCCUGAAGGAGGCGCUGCUGUGCGCCCAGAGUGAAGGCCGGCUUACUGCUGGAGUGUACGAGAGCGCCAAGAUCAUGACUGAAGACCCGGACAGCGUGUCCUUCUGUGUGCUGGCCAUGGACGAGCAGUUCCAGUGUGACAUCGCUCUGCAGAUCCACUUCACUCUCAUCCAGUCUUUCUGCUUCGACAACGACAUCAGCAUCGUCAGAGUGAGCGACAUGCAGCGUCUGGCAGACAUUGUCGGAGACAAGUCGGAGGAGCUGGAAGACGCGCACUGCGUCCUCAUCACGAACCCCGCUGACGGGUCCUGGGAGGAGCCGGCUCUGGAGAAGCUGCACCUGUUCUGCGAGGAGAGCCGCCGCCUGAACGACUGGGUUCCUGAGAUCAGCCUCCCCGAGCGCUGAUCCGGUUCCGGUCCCGCUGCUCAGAAGCCGCAGAGCUUCCUUGGUGGAAAUAGUCAUCCUGGUGAUCAGGAUGAGCGCGUUUCUGCUCAUCCCUGGACGCUCCUGAGGAGGAUCCCCGUCCAGGCAGCACGGCGCCGGCCCCAGGGGGCCCCCGUGACCCGUCGCCUCUCGUCCCGUCCAUGCCAAGAUGACUCUCAUUCUUUCUGUGAACGAGGUCGGGCAUGCCACGAGAGCGACACAUCGACCCUCAUUCUUUGUGCGGAUGAGGUUUGGAGAGGAAGGAGAAGCCAGCUCUGCGUCCCGAGGAGGCGCAGGGCAAAGGUCGCACGCACGCACGGUGACGCACGCACGCGCAGCAGGAGAAGAAGCGGUGCUGAGGAGGAGGCCUGCUGAAAAAGGGACUUUUUCCAGAGGCUCUCUUCACCGAGCAACAACACAGCAGUUGCUGAAAUGUUUCCCACUUUCCAAUUUGUCCUAAUUCUCUAAAGGUUUCACUUUAGAAAAAUUCAUGACAAAUAUUUUCUAAAAGCUAAAAAAA